CGGCCACAGGGGUGGGUGAUCAUGGCUGAUGCGUCCGCAGGAUGUAAACAACGGCUGCAUGGACUUCGAACAUCGCUCCACGGGUUCAAGCAAGACUUGUCCACAUCACUGUCCAUGUGGGCAGAGGACUUUGACGUUCUUGGGAAGGUCUUGGUGCGGCUUAUCGACAAGGAAGUAGCCUCCCGCGAUGAAGCUGUCCAGACAGUCAAUCGCGAAAGUCGCGGCAAGAAGCUUCUCCAAGCACAAGUCAAUCGAAUCACGUGCGUCUGGGAAAAGGAACAUCACGAGCUUGUGACGUUGCGUCAAACGGUCGCCCUACAGAACAAAACGAUGGUACAGCUACGGGAACGGAUCGCAAAGAAUGACAGGCGCAGCAAUGACGAUGCGUCUCCGUCAGAAGAAACCCCUCGGAAGGACAAGGUUGUCGUCGCCGAAGAAAACGUGGAGGAAAAUCAUCUGACUCCCCCGAUGGUUUCCGUGACGGCUCGACGACCUCGACGCUUCAGCGUCGGCAGUAGCACGUUGACACGCACGACGGAAGCAUAUGCAGCCAAACGAAAGCACAUUCCACAGCAGCCUCAAAGGUACAUAUCCUUUGACGGCACAACCUUCCUCAUCAUGACAUGUAGCAUCUUGAAGCGACAGAAGUACGAUGACGUCACCGAUGAAAACAGCACCAAGCAAGUCUCGUUUCAAACCGAAUAUCCCACUCCGCCAUCGCAAAUGCACCGUACUGCCGAUACCACCGCUCGAUUCCCACUGCGUGAACGCCUCACCACGACUAAACCUGCUCCCAUGCGCGUGCGACGAUCGUCGCUAGGCUCGUCCAUGACGGCUGCCGCGCGCGUCUUGACUACAUCGUCCACGGGACUUCCUCGCAAGCGGUGGAACUAGCUAGUGCCCAAGCGAGCUUAUUUAACAGUGUGACCAUUAUAAUCACACGACAUCGACCUUUUUGGUUUACA